UCUCUCUCUCUCCCUCCCCCUCCUCGCCUGCGCGCAACGAGCUGCGACUGUGCACGCUGCGACUGCUGCUGCUGCCGCUGUUCCACGUCUCUGUCUCCGCUUUAAGGCUGUCACCUUUCCCCAUCCCCUACGCCCGCCCCGCCCCGCCCCGCCUCGCCCCUCAAUCAAUCACGACGCCACAACCGCACCCGCGAACCCUAGCUAGCACCGCGCGCCGGAGCUCCGAGUAGGUGUCUGCUUGCUCUCCUGCGGUGGCCGUCGUCGCCUGAUCCGAUCCACCUAACCGUCAAGCGCCUCCGGCGAUCGAUGCGCAUGCGAAGCGCCGCGGGAGGCGGCUCGGGCUCGGGCAGGCUGUGAGGAGGCUGUCCACUCGCUGCGUCGUGCGCCUGCGCGCGUCUGCUCCACCGUCCGCGCCGCGCCGUUCCUUGCGGAGGGGGCCUGCCUCUCACGGUCGGUCGGUCGGCCUCGCCGCGCGUUUGCUUCCCACCAACGCAGGUAUCUUCGCGAGCUGGAAGUUGAAGCGCGAGCGGGGAGCUAAGAGCAGCAGUUGGAAGGAGAGAAGGCGACGAGAUUUGUGCGGCCACGAUUUUGCGUUGCUGAGGGAACAAGGGAACAAUGGCUGCAGCGGUGGCGAUGCGAGGGGGAAGCAGCGACAGUGGAGGAUUUGAUAAGGUUCCCGGGAUGGACUCGGGGAAAUACGUGCGCUACACCCCGGAGCAAGUCGAGGUGCUCGAGCGGCUCUACAUAGAUUGCCCCAAGCCAAGCUCCUCACGGAGGCAGCAACUGCUGCGCGAGUGUCCUAUACUCUCCAACAUUGAGCCGAAGCAGAUCAAGGUCUGGUUCCAGAACCGAAGGUGCCGUGAUAAGCAGCGGAAGGAGUCCUCGCGGCUUCAGGCUGUGAACAGAAAGCUGACGGCAAUGAACAAGCUUCUUAUGGAAGAGAAUGAGCGUCUUCAGAAGCAAGUCUCUCAGUUGGUUCAUGAAAAUGCGCACAUGCGGCAGCAGCUGCAGAAUACUUCAUUGGCCAAUGAUACAAGCUGUGAAUCAAAUGUCACUACCCCUCCAAACCCUAUAAGGGAUGCAAGUAACCCUUCUGGACUCCUUGCGAUUGCAGAGGAGACCUUCACAGAGUUCCUCUCAAAGGCUACUGGGACAGCUAUUGAUUGGGUCCAGAUGCCUGGGAUGAAGCCUGGUCCGGAUUCGGUUGGUAUCGUGGCCAUUUCGCAUGGUUGCCGUGGCGUUGCUGCCCGCGCCUGUGGUUUGGUGAAUCUAGAACCAACAAAAGUUAUAGAGAUCUUGAAAGAUCGUCCCUCUUGGUUCCGUGAUUGUCGAAGUCUUGAAGUGUUUACAAUGUUUCCAGCUGGAAAUGGAGGAACAGUUGAACUUAUCUACAUGCAGAUGUAUGCCCCAACAACUUUAGUCCCUGCACGUGAUUUUUGGACGUUACGAUACACGACAACAAUGGAAGAUGGUAGCCUUGUGGUCUGUGAGAGAUCCUUGAGUGGUUCUGGAGGCGGCCCAAAUGCAGCCUCUGCACAGCAAUUUGUUAGGGCUGAGAUGCUUCCAAGUGGGUAUUUAGUUCGCCCAUGCGAAGGUGGAGGUUCGAUUGUGCAUAUAGUGGACCAUCUAGAUCUCGAGGCAUGGAGUGUUCCUGAAGUGCUUCGACCGCUGUAUGAGUCUUCUAGAGUAGUUGCUCAGAAAAUGACUACGGUGGCACUGCGCCACCUUAGGCAAAUUGCUCAAGAAACAAGUGGAGAAGUAGUGUACGCCUUGGGAAGGCAACCUGCAGUACUACGGACCUUUAGUCAAAGACUAAGCAGGGGUUUUAAUGAUGCCAUUAGUGGUUUCAAUGAUGAUGGCUGGUCUGUAAUGGGGGGAGAUGGCAUUGAAGACGUUGUUGUUGCUUGCAACUCAACCAAGAAAAUUAGGAAUAACAGCAAUGCUGGGAUUACAUUUGGAGCCCCUGGAGGCAUUAUUUGUGCGAAGGCAUCCAUGUUACUGCAGAGUGUCCCACCGGCAGUACUGGUCCGAUUUCUGAGGGAGCAUAGAUCUGAAUGGGCCGAUUACAAUAUGGAUGCGUAUUUGGCUUCAUCACUGAAGACCAGUGCGUGCUCACUUCCCGGGUUGCGACCUAUGAGAUUUUCUGGGGGGCAGAUGAUCAUGCCACUUGCUCACACAGUGGAGAACGAGGAGAUUCUUGAAGUUGUCCGCCUUGAAGGACAACCUCUUACUCAUGAUGAAGCUCUUCUUUCAAGAGACAUCCACCUUCUCCAGUUUCAGCUUUGCACUGGAAUAGAUGAGAAAUCUGUGGGUUCCUCCUUCCAGCUUGUGUUUGCACCAAUUGAUGAACAUUUUCCAGAUGAUGCUCCAUUGAUUUCUUCUGGCUUUCGUGUCAUACCACUUGAUAUGAAAACAGAUGGUGUAGCCUCUGGCAGGACGCUAGAUUUGGCAUCUAGUCUUGAUGUGGGUUCUGCUGCACCCCAAGCCUCAGGGGAUGCAUCUCCAGAUGACUGUAAUUUGAGAUCUGUGCUGACAAUCGCCUUUCAAUUCCCUUAUGAGAUGCACCUUCAAGACAGUGUUGCAACUAUGGCCCGUCAAUAUGUUCGUGGUGUUGUUUCUGCUGUGCAAAGAGUGUCGAUGGCUAUAUCUCCCUCCCAAUCUGGUCUAAAUGCUGGGCAGAGGAUGCUUUCUGGCUUCCCUGAAGCUGCCACACUUGCUAGAUGGGUUUGCCAGAGUUAUCAUUACCAUCUAGGUUUGGAAUUACUUAAUCAAUCAGAUGAAGCUGGUGAAGCAUUGUUGAAAAUGCUCUGGCAUCAUCCAGACGCUGUUCUGUGCUGCUCUUUUAAGGAGAAACCUAUGUUUACAUUUGCAAACAAGGCAGGGCUUGACAUGUUAGAAACAUCUCUUGUUGCGCUGCAAGACCUGACACUAGACAAGAUUUUCGACGAGUCAGGAAGGAAAGCAAUAUUCUCAGAUAUCUCAAAACUAAUGGAACAGGGCUACGCAUACCUGCCAUCAGGUGUGUGCAUGUCAGGAAUGGGUCGCCAUGUUUCUUUCGACCAAGCUGUGGCGUGGAAGGUGCUCGGUGAGGACAGCAACGUGCACUGCCUGGCAUUCUGCUUCGUCAACUGGUCCUUCGUGUGACCCCGACCUGUCGGAUGGGAUGGCGAGCUGGUGGUCGGUCUGUGUGAUGAGCAGGCCCAUUUUUGUAUGAUGAUCCUGAUAAGGAAAAUCAUCAGCUGUGGCAAAAUGCUUAUGUUGCAAUCACUAGUUGUAGGUCUUGAUUCCAGUGUAUUUAUGAAGAAACUGGAGAUUAUGCAAAGUCUUGUCCCACUUCCUUUUGACUACCCGGCCAAAUGCUGUUUGUCAAUCUCGAUUGGCAAGGCAACCGAGGUGAUGCUGGGUUGCUGGCAGUUUUGGUUCGUCAUUCCAUUCAUCAGAUGUUAAUUGCUGAUGUUAUGGUGUGGCUUUGGAAGGUCUGGAUCAAGCCAGAUAGCAACAAAAACAUGCUGUUCCCAAAUAGUGCAAUGGCAAACAAUGGAGCAAUAGCGAUGCACGCUACAAAUUCAUAA